AUGUCCACCCGCAUCCUCCAUGUCACCCGCCAUAGCGGCUUGUCCUCUGAGAUCGCCGGCAUCUUCCACCGCUUCCCCUGCGUGUACCUAGAGACGUUUGACUUCAACGACGGCGUCAACUUGGACUCGGAGAGCUCGGGGCUCAACUACAACGUGAACAGGAGGAGGGCAGAGCUGGUGUGGGAGACAUACCGGAUCUUCUUCCAGACCUUUGACAUGGUCCUGGUCUCCGACACGACCCCCAUGGCCCGUCCCUUCCUCGAGGGCGACCGCUGGAGAAAGCCCAUCCUCCUCUACGUCUGUAAUCGUUUUGACUUCUCCAACCAGGACAUCGAUUUCCAGCUCGCGCAGGAGGAGAUGGCAACCUCCUACUUCCCGGACGAGGAUUUCUACCAGCUCAUGCGGGAGCUGACACGUCGACCCAACGUCAGGCUGGUAGCAAGCAACCUCUUCGAGAGCUGGUACGCUCAGCACUGGCGCGGCAUCGACUGGUCGCAUGCUGAAGUGAUCUAUCCUCCUGGCGUCGGCAAUCAGCGACCCUGGAAGGAGGAGGGAGAGGAGAGCGAGCUCAGGGCUGGCGGGACUGCCUUCCUGCUCCCUCCGGGAGUGUACGCCUUGCACAACGAGGAGGAGCGCGAGGUGAACGUGGAAGACACAGUGCUGGUGCCUGACCGGGGAGUCGUCGGAGGAACAUGCAAGGAGGAGGGAGGAAACGUUGCGUUCAUGAACAACGAGAUGAACUUCGGCGUCUCUUCCUUCCUCCGCUCCAACGGGUUCCGCGUGUACAAUGGGAGGUACAACGGGGCAGAGGAGGCCGCGAGGUUCAAGGCCAUGGUCAGGAUCCCUCAGAACUACAUGUCCACCUCCUUUCACCAGCUCCUCGGCGCCGGUGUGGCGAUGCUGGUGCCUACCCCUGACUUCCUCCUGCAGCUCAGCGUCGAUCCUGCCUUCUGGUGGGACACCAAGUGGGAUGUACAGGAGCACAGAGCUAGGAUAGAGCAGAGCGGGAGGUGGAGGUGCCCGAAGCUCAAGAGCACGUUGAGUCAGGAGACCAUCAUGUUCGCAUACGAGUACGACAGCUAUCACGCGGCCUCGCUCAUCUUCUUCUCCAGCUGGGAGGACCUCGUUGACAAGCUGAGAACUGUUGACUUUUCCCGCCACAAGGAGCAGGUGAGGAAGUUGGCGGAGCUUCAUCGCCGCACCUACCUGCAAGAAUGGGAAAGAGUCUUCCUCGAGCUGCGGGCUCUACAGCUGUGA